AUGUCCACCGGAAUGCAGGCCCCUAUGGCUCCUGCAAUCGCCUUAAUCGCAAGCCCAAUUGAGUGGUUGCUCACACUCAACGAACUCAUUCAAGAUAGCAGCAUCAACUCCACCAACUCUUCUGCCCUUGAAUCACUCCAUGGCCGUCUGCGAGCUAUCGGAGCUAUCAGCGGGAUGUUUAGAGGCUGGCCGCGUUCAGCUCGCUCCCUCUUCCGCUCUUUGCUUCUCCGCUCGAGCACGGCCAUGCCGCUGAAAGCCGCCGAUGCCCACGAAGGGGGCGCGGGAUUGUUGAAAAAGCGUUUCAGCGCUUGGGAAAGACGAAAAGAAUUAAAUGGCAUAUUUAACGAUUCAAAUUCUUGA